UGCCAUGGAAAAGCAAGAGAUAUUUUUUUUCACAUCUUCUUUUGCCUUUCACGUAAUCAAUCAUUGUUUGCUUUUCUCCUUGUGGUGUGGGUUCCCUUCCAUUCUACAUCCGCCACUGGUUUUUUCUACAUCAAAUCUGCGAUUUAUGCCAAUUCAAAUUUGCUAGUUGGAGUAAUCUCUACGCCUUGUUCAUUGCUCGUCGGAAGAUAUCAGGGACUGUUGUAAAAAAAUUUGGCAACAGAUUAGCAUCACAUAUCUACAUGACUGCACGUUUCUCAGGGCACGCACGUAGUUCUCUCCCUCGGCUCUCUUCUCUCUGCGUCUCUCUCUCUCUCAAAAUUGGCCGUGAUGGCUGCAUCUCUCUCUUUCAAAAAGUGGUAACGAUGUCAAUUUCACUGAUUCGAGGUGGUUAGUAAAGAAAAUCAAUGGCAUCAAAAGGUCAUGGUAAUGGACGGCGUAAGAAAGGACCUGAUAAUCUUCCCGCAGGUCAAUAUACAACACCACCACCACCACCUAUUACCACAACUAUUCUACCAGCUACUACAAAUAUUAUUCCUCGUCCAAGGGCAACUAUUUCACUACCAAAUGCAUUUUUCAUACCCCCACCACCCUACCAGUUCCAGCCCUCUUCUCCCCAUAAUAGUCUGCAUAGUAGCUUUUCAUCUGUACCUUCAACACCAUCCACACCUAGCCUUUCUGGAUUGAGAAUUGGAGGUCCCAGCACAUCAACAUCGCCCUCCGUUGAUAGUGCUGCAGCGUCUAAUGCUACAACAGCUGUUUCUCAGAUUCCAAAAUUUAAAGAGGUAGUAGAAUAUGACGGCAACGGGAGGCUAAGUAUUGCCCCUGAUGGUAAUGGGUUUAUUCUCACAUAUAGCGGCGGACAUAUGGUUAUAGAAGCGAUUAAACCAAUUUACAUGGAGCCGUGGGGUAGUUGGAAUGAGAUUCGAUGCGACAUUAGAGUGCUUAUGUGGAAUCAGUUUGUGACAAAUUGUGCUUGGAAUUCUUGUCAUGAUAAUGAAAUACAACACAUUUUCAAGUUCAAAGCAGCUCAACGGAUCAAAGAACACUUGUAUGAGGCCCGGAGGAACUUGGAAAAACCUGGUUGGUUGAAUGCUAAUGUGUGGGUUCAGUUCUUGGAAAAAUGGGAUACUCCUGAAUAUAGGGCAAAGAGGGAACUGGCAAAGAAAAAUAGAGCAUCUCAAAUGGGUGGCUCGUUGCACACUGGAGGUUCGAUGAGUUUCGCUACCCAUCGACAAAGACUGGAAUAUGAAAAUGGGGGAAAAGAGCGCCCUUUUAUUGAUGUCUACGAAGAGACGCAUAGGAAGAAAAACAAGGACGGUACAAGAGAAGAUUGGGUAGAAAUGCAUGCUAAGAAUGCAUAUGAAGAAUUUCAAAAAAGUAUAGAAGAGUAGAGUUAAACCCAACCUACUUCAGAGGAUGGUACCAUGGUCCAACCAUAACCCGCAGAGCUGAAUAAUAUGUGGACAACUGUGGUAGGUGGUCCAAAGAAAGGUAGAACCUACGGGACAGGGGAUCUCCAAUCCUCGAGUAGUCCUUCAUUGUUUCUCAGUUCCUCUUCUACUUUGCAAACUAUGGAAGAAAUGGAAGCAAUGAAAAAGAAAAUUGUGGAAUUGAUGCAGAAAUGUGCUGCUAACGAUGCUAAGUUUGCUAAAUUUGAUAAAUUGGAGGAGUUGGUUAAGAAGCACAUGCCGUAAGUAUUUCAUGACGAGGAAGAUAAUGAAUCUGAUGAUAAUUAGAAUGUAGUUAUUGUUCUUGUUUUUGGUUGUGACAUUUAGAUAUUUAAACUAUUUGAUUUGAUGUUUGUUUUGAACGGUUUAAAGUGGUUGUAUUUAUAAAUUUUUAUCGUGU